AUGGAGCAUUUUGGUAGCCACGAGCAAAGGAGACUAAUAUUUAACAUCAACGAAGGCCUCGCGGAGGUGAUCGGAAGGGCUAGUGAGCGCGAUGCGGAGCGGGUGGCGCGGGCAGACAACCUGUUCUUCGCCGAGCGCAGCCUGAGCAAGCAGCACGCCAUGCUGUACGUCAAGCGGUUUACAGGGCCGGGGGGAGCCCAGGACGGGGACGAAGAGAACAUCCGCAUCUGGGUGGAGGACCUCGGCAGCACGCACGGACUGGUGGACCUGCAGAGCACGGCUCGCGGGGUGUCGCAGCUGAUCGACCUGAAGAACGGUGAGCGGUUCGGGGUCGUGUACAUGGACAAGCCGAUCACCAGCACACAGAGCCGCGGAGCGCGCUUGAAGUUCCAGGUGAACGUGAUGCAGAAGCAGGGGCCGCUGUGGGAGCUGCUUGUGCGGGACGUGACGUUCGGGGACUCGCCUUGUAUCACCAAGGGCUCGCCCCUGGACGGCACGGACGGGUCGCUGACGCCGUACCACACAGAGCCCUCGUCCGACUGGAGCUACAGCGAGAUGUGGUGCGGGGAAGACAUGUGCCGCAUUCCUAGCGAUGUGGAGUGCUCGCACCAUGCGCACCAAAAGGAACGGAAUAUGCUACAGUCGAACUAUGUGGAUCUGCUGCAGCACCAGGAGGAGCUCGGUGUCCCCUCCAGCGCAGCAGAAAGCGACUUUGGAAGUCUGGACGAGCCUGUGAAGCUGUUGGAUGAGUACGAAAAGGGAAGGCCCUUGCUGCCAGAAGAGUUGCACGCCGGCCAGCAGCUGGGGCCAAGUGUCGGGGCGCGGGCGCCCAGGGGCGAGAAGCACCAGCGGGCACGUACCAUCUGGAGUGCUCGAUCGAUUUUAUUUGGAACGCUAUUUGGUUUUGUCAUCGGAUUCAUCUUUGGGGCUGCCAACCUCGAUUGA